UCCUGCUCUAAAUUAGAAAGAGAACAAAAUAUAACGAGUAAACAAAUCAACAAAUCGAAAGAAUCCUUUUAAAGAGCGUUGUCUUCUGUGGUUUUUAUGUCUGUUUUUAUUUAAAAAAAAUAAAGAUCUUUGUUUUGCAAAAAGAACUUCCUUAAAAGAUUUACGAACCAUGGGCCCUGUUUGUGAAGUUAAAACAAAGUAACAGUCUGAAGAUAUUUGAUAAAAUACAGUUUAAUACAUUAAUUCUGCUUGUUGCAUCGAUUUUUUGUCAAUAUGAAGUGGUAAAUGUUAAAUAAUUGAAUAUUUAUGCUUAAGUAUCUUUGUAACUGGUACAGGGAUUAUAUAACUAUAUAAUAUCCAGUACAAAGAUGUGAAUUUCAAGUGUGGGUAUUUUGUAGAAGAGAAAGUCUGUAAGACCUUUUGUAUGGAGUCAGAGAAGAAUAAUAUGAACAAUUUUGUAUAUAGAGUAGGUUUUACAGCAUGGAGAAAGAAAACCACAAUUCUAGUCGGUGCAGGUCUUUUAACCCUGAUCCUCUUUGGAUUACAAUUCUCUGUGAUCGACCAUAGACCCAUUAAUUUACAACCAGAUGAAAAAGAUGAAGCUUUUCUACAAAGUAUUAAAGUAAAAUUUAUCGAAGCUGCCAAUCUGAAUAGUAAGGAUAGAGGGAAUAACAUUAUUCCUCACGCCCAGGCAUUUAAGGAUAAUGACAUGGAUAGAUUAAGGCAUUUAGAUCAGCCAAGUAGAGAUGAAAUAGCUAAAAGGCAAAUGGAAAAAUCUAUAGAAGAAACGGACGAGCAACUAGGAAUCCCCUAUGUAAAUGACAAUUCGAAAAAGCCAUACGUUCCAAAUCAUAGAAUAGUUCAUUUUGAUUUAAAAGGAGCACCGCCUACCAUAAUGUACUUUAAGAAAAUAAUGUCUUUGGCCAAAAAUGUCGGUGCUACAGGACUUUUAAUAGAAUAUGAAGAUAUGUUUCCGUAUACAGGGAUUUUAAAACCUUUAUCAGCCAAAAAUGCUUACACUGUUGAAGAAGUAAAGGAAAUAUUAAAAUAUGCUCAAGAUCUCAAAUUAGAAGUAAUACCUCUUAUACAAACCUUUGGGCAUAUGGAGUUUGCCCUUAAACAUAAAGAGUUUGCUAAUAUAAGGGAAGUUCCAGGUAGUCCUCAAGCAUUAUGUCCUAGCAGGAAUGCUUCUUUUGAUUUAAUUAGAGAAUUAAUAAGCCAGGUAGUUGAUAUGCACCCUACAAGCAAAUACCUCCACAUUGGAUGCGACGAAGUGUUUGAAAUGGGUGAAUGUGAAGUUUGCAGGAUGGAGCUACAUGAAACGUUGUUUUUGAGACAUGUACAAAACGUUGCCAAUAUUGUUAAUGAGAAGAAACCCAAUCUCAAGAUAAUCAUUUGGGAUGAUAUGUUAAGGCAUAUCUCGUCACAAAACCUUCAGGCUGCCAAUUUAGGUGAUCUAGUACAACCGAUGGUUUGGGUGUAUGCUGAGGAUAUUUAUAGAUUUGUUCAGCCACCUAUUUGGGAUAAAUAUGCUGCAGUGUUUAAAACAGCAUGGACUGCAUCAGCUUUUAAAGGUGCUUUUGGAGAGACUCUAUACAUACCAAACGCUAAGCGACAUCUUGAAAAUAACAUGAGGUGGUUAGAAGUGAUGUCAACUCAGUCGACAAUAUUUAAGCACAAUCUAGGAGGGAUAGUUUUAACAGGUUGGCAAAGGUAUGAUCAUUUCGCCGUCCUUUGUGAACUUUUACCUGCAGCUAUACCAUCAUUAGUUCUAAAUUUACUAGCAACAAGCAACGGGUUUUUCAACGCCACUUUAAAGGACCAAUUUUUAAGUAAUCUAAACUGCCCACAACCGGGAGACAGACGAUCGUCUCCAUUUUUAAAUCUGGAAGGAGAUCCAAAGAUGUGGGAAAAACUUUCCAGAUGCAUGUUUCCAGGGAAUGGAUUUUUCAAAUUGAUGUACAGACUUCAUAAUAUAGAAAACGAAGCCAAAGAAUACAUUGACAUGGCUACAAAACACAAGGGUUGGUUGACUGAUUACAAUGCCAAAUAUAACUACAGUCUACCGCUGCGUGUGGAAGAACUUACUCAGGACCUUCCCAGGGUUUACCAUGGUAUGGUAUCAUUAGCAAGAAAUGCUGCCGAUUCUUUAAAUGGUUUAGUAGACAACUACACCAUCUCAGAGUGGAUAGAGCAAAGGAUCUAUCCAUACAUGGUCGAACUAGAAAAGAUACAGAACAAAAGUACCAACUUAAAAGGAGUGAACUACUGGCCAGCUAGACCGCUACCGAUGCUGAAAGAGUUACAAAAACACGGUAUAGCCAUUGGUUAAGUUUGUCAAGACUUAUAUGACUUCAUUUGACCAAUAUAAGUAAUGAGGUAGGACUGAAUAAGUUGUUUUUGAACAUUUUUACCGAUACUGGAUCUUAAAAGGAAUCUUGAAUAUGCUGUGAAUAUUUUUUUAUUCUCUUUUUGCCAUUUAUUUUAAUUUAUGUACUCUAUGAAUAUAAAUUACUAUAAUUAAGCGAAUUCACGCAUUGUCAGUUACAUUUAUUUUCAGUUGUUAUAAGUAUAUUUAUUUACAAGUGCGGCAUACCAUCGAAAAAAAAACAGCGUCAAUUAGCCUAAAAUAACAUUGAAUGGUGAUUUCUGUUGGGUCGAUUCCUGUAUGCCAUUUGUUAAAAAAUUGACAUAUAAACUUCAUAAUAAUUAAUAUUUGAAUGGAAAAAAAUCUUAGUUUUAUUCUAUUUUUUAACCAAUGCCUACUACUACUACUAAUACGAUGUCUAGGAGUUGAUUCGACAAUAAGACAUUGUCAUUGGCCAUCAAUUCAAAGGCUACUCUGACCCUUUUUUCUCUCUAUCAUUUGGUACUUGUAUUUUAAGUCUUGUUUGUUAUUUUAGGAUAUGCCUUACAUAAAAGACCAACCAACUGACAUAAAUAUCAUUUAUUUUGAGUUUUACUAUAUCAGUCUGACAGCUAUUCUUUAGUUAUUUGUUCUUGUAUUUUAUUAAUUAUUUAUGUUUUUUUAAGAAUUCGCAAUAGACGUAGUCAAACUCAAACUAAAAUGAUAUUUCUGUGGCUACUGUGACAGUAUUUUUUUUAAUCUCAUUAUAUACUAAAUCUGAAAAAAAAAUACUUCUGUUUUAUCUGUCAUUUCUAGAACUCGCUAAUUAUAAUGAUUUAUGUUCAUAUUGUAGGUACUUCUUGCGUUUAGUAUCGUAUCUUUAAUGAAUUGUUUAGAAAUGUAGAAGCACAAAUAAAGUCGACUUAAUAUGAAUAGACGAACCUAAUUUAGUUGUUUUGAAACCUAUGGUAGUUUUACCUAAAAUUUCUAAACAUUUAGUUCUAAAAAAGCACAAAAAUAAUGUUUUUUUUUAAUGAGACUGAUUUAUAUGUAUGUUUUUUACUCUUUUUUUGGUAUUUUAUUUUACUCUACUGAUUUUGAUAAUUUUAUGAAGUUAUAAAAUAUAAUAGAAUGUAGUUGAAAAUAUAAUUGUAAUUCUAGUUUAAACUAUGAUGAGGUUAGUGCAAAAUUAUCACAUUAUUUUGUGAAACAUUUUUUCGAGUAUAUACAGGGUGUUUAAGUGUUUCAUGUCGACUUCCGAUCGUUCAUUGCCAUAAUUUUUCACUCAAUUGCACUGUUUACUUUUAAAUAUAAAUUUAUACAAAACUUUUCUUAUAUUAGGGCUGUGUUUUUUUCUAUAAUUUCAUAUCUAGUUAUCUCGUAAUUAUUGGAUUGGCUAUUUCACAUUGAAAUACUUUUUUCACGAUACGUAGAAUGAGAAACUUACGAGUAGUUCAAAUGUACCGUCUCGAAUACUUUUCGUUUUUCGUCUGGAUGUUUUUUGAAUAAUAUACAUGUAGUGUAAUUAAAUGUGGUUAUAUCAUAUUCUAAAUAGGAAAGAAUUGUUGGGGUUUUGAUUAUAUCAUUAUAAGAGACGAUAAAAUGUUGAAAAUUACAAAAUUAUAUGUUUUCAGUAUUAGAUGCAAAAUACGUACUGUUAGAAUCAUUAAAAGGUUUACUGUUAUUUUUAGAAACAUUAACUGUAGCUAACCGUAAAUGAAUGAUUUAAAUACAAUAAAUAAUUAUCACACGA